AUGGUGAUCCAAAUCGAAACUCCCAGGAACGUGCUGUGCUCCUGCAUUGAUGGCGCCUCGUGUAAUGGAGCCUGCCCAGAGCUGCCAGUCCCAAACAACGGCAGCAGGACUGAGGGUCAUCUUUACGGAGACAAAGUCACAUUUUCCUGUGAUGAAGGCUACGAACUGAUCGGUUCUGUAAACAGAACGUGCCAGGCUAACCUGAGUUGGUCGGGAACACAGCCUAAUUGCUCCAGAACGUCCUGCCCACCGCUGCCACCUGUUGAACACGGCAGCACCAGCGGUGGUAGUUAUUAUGGGGACGUCGUAACUUAUCACUGUGAUCCUGGAUACGAGAUCAGUGGUGAUGAAGAACGGACCUGCCAGUCGGACCAGACGUGGAGCGGCACACAGCCGACAUGCAACCGAACAGCCUGCCCUAUACUACCAGUGCCAAACAACGGCAGCAGGACCAAAGGCCAUCUGUACGGAGACAAAGUCACAUUUUCCUGUAAUGAAGGCUACGAACUGAUCGGUUCUGAAAACAGAACGUGCCAGGCUAACCAGAGCUGGUCGGGAACACAGCCCAAUUGCUCCAGAACGUCCUGCCCACCGCUGCCACCUGUUGAACACGGCAGCACCAGCGGUGACAGUUAUUAUGGAGACGUCGUUACUCAUCACUGUGAUCCUGGAUACGAGAUCAGUGGUGAUGAAGAACGGACCUGCCAGUCGGACCAGACGUGGAGCGGCACACAGCCGACAUGCAGCCGAAAAGCCUGUCCUGUACUAUCAGUUCCAAACAACGGCAGCAGGACCGAGGGGCAUCUGUACGGAGACAAGGUCACGUUUUCCUGUGAUGAAGGCUACGAACUGAUCGGUUCUGAAAACAGAACGUGCCAGGCUAACCAGAGCUGGUCGGGAACACAGCCCAAUUGCUCCAGAACGUCCUGCCCACCGCUGCCACCUGUUGAACAUGGCAGCACCAGCGGUGGUAGUUAUUAUGGGGACGUCGUUACUUAUCACUGUGAUCCUGGAUACGAGAUCAGUGGUGAUGAAGAACGGACCUGCCAGUCGGACCAGACAUGGAGCGGCACACAGCCGACAUGCAACCGAACGGCCUGCCCAGUGCUGCCAGUGCCAAACAACGGCAGCAGGACCGAGGGGCAUCUGUACGGAGACAAGGUGACGUUUUCCUGUGAUGAAGGCUACGAACUGAUCGGUUCUGAAAACAGAACGUGCCAGGCUAACCAGAGCUGGUCGGGAACACAGCCCAAUUGCUCCAGAAAGCCCUGCUCACCAUUACUGCCUGUUGAGCAUGGCAGCACCAGCGGUGGCAGUUAUUAUGGAGACGUCGUUACUUAUCACUGUGACCCUGGAUACGAGAUCAGUGGCGAUGAAGAACGGACCUGCCAGUCGGACCAGACGUGGAGCGGCACACAGCCGACAUGCAGCCGAAAAGCCUGCCAAGAGCUACCAAUUCCAAACAACGGCAUCAGGACCGAAGGUCAUCUGUACGGAGACAAAGUCACAUUUUCCUGUAAUGAAGGCUACGAACUGAUUGGUUCUGAAAACAGAACGUGCCAGGCUAACCAGAGCUGGUCCGGCAUGCAGCCUACAUGUGGUGAUUGCGUCCCUGACAUCAGUCUCUCUGGAGGAGGAAGCAGUGAAUCCUCAGCAGUGAAGAUCGCGCGGCGUACAUCCUUCACCAUACGGAGCCGCAUCCACGUCAUCUGCAAUCAGACCUACCGCGUUACGUACCAAUGGAGCGUUUUCCAGCAUAACUCAGUGCAGGUACUGGAUAUUCCCAACAAAGUCCUGCGUGAUUCGCAAGACAUCACAAUUCCAGGAAACACAUUGGGCUAUGGCUCCACUAUUGUUGAGCUGAACGCUACCAUGGUUUUCUCGAAUACUGGAAAUAAAAAGUCAGAAGUACAAAGACAGUGGGUUAUCAUGACGUCAUCUCCACUAGUGGCGCAUAUAACAGGUGGAUCUGCUAAGUCUGUCAGUCGGCAGGGGGCUCUGGUAUUGGACGCAUCACAGUCCUAUGAUCCGGAUGAUGAAUACAUCGAUGAUUUCAGGAACUUCACUUUUCAGUGGAUCUGUAAAACGCUUCAUGGGACAGCAUGCGACGAUGUAUUCCCAGAUGACGGAGAAAGCGCCAUGUAUGAACUUAAGGCCCCCUCAUCUCCUGAUGAUUCCGACAUCUUAAUAUUCACGGUUGAGGUCAGCCUUUACGGGAGGGGCUCAUCCCAAACCUCACAGUCUGUCACCUUACAAAACGGAACUGUCCUCAACAUCGCCAUUAGGUGUGAUGCAAACUGCGAGGCGAAUGCCAGCCCAUCCGAGAGGCUAGUUCUCCUGACCCAUUGCGACAACUGUCCAACAGCAAGCACUGCAUAUCAGUGGACUCUGAAGGGAGAAAAACGCAUUGAUUGGGAUUUUGAUACGACAACCGGAAACACGUCACAGAACCUAGUGGUUCGCAGCAACAUUUUUGAGACUGGGGACAAGUACACCUUCAGGGUAGAUGUGAUUUCCGAUGUCGGCACCGGUUUUUCUGAAUACAGUCUCAGCAUCAACAAACCCCCUACUGUUGGAUCAUGUGUGGUCAGCCCUUCGUCAGGUGUUUCAACAAUAACGCCAUUUGACAUUUCGUGCGAAGGAGUCCAUGAUGAUGACCAACCUCUGACCUACAGUCUUUACUUCAACAACGAAAGAAGUGACGACACCGCCUACACCUUACUCCAUACUGGAACGACCAGGCGAUUUCCGCCUCAGCAGCUCCCAGCUGGACAGGAACUUCGCGACUUCAACAUCACGUUAGAAGUUCGCGUGUCGGAUGCUUUGGGCGCAAUUACAAUCAUCAGAAAUAUCAAUGCGCAGGUCCAUCCACCAAAUGUGGAAGAGACGGAAGCGGUGCUGAGCAGCCUCAACGAAACUUUGGACAACCUCCGUGAUACUGGGGACAGCCGCGCCCUCCUCCAGCUCACCAACAGUCUUAGUUCUGUUCUCAACGCAGCGAACACAUCCUCCUACAGCAACGAUGCGCUUUCAACGGCACGUGACGGACUCAUUGACUCGCUGGCGACAAUCCCUGUUCAAAGUCUUGAAAACAUCGAUCAGGUGUCAAGUGCCUUGGGCCAGGCAACAGCGUCGGAGGAACAGGUUACUCCAGACUCUCAGGAGAGAGCUGCUCAAACUGUGUUGCAGAUGUCAGAAUUUCUUGAAACACCCGAGAAUAAAGAUGUCGGUCUCGAAAGACUGGAGGAAACAGCAUCCUUUCUUUUGACAGCGUGUGUUAACAUACUUCGAGCUUCAACAGCCUCGGCUACAAAGAACAAGGUUUUGCCAUCAUCUGAAACCCGGGAACUAAGCUUGAAAAGGAACAGAAAUGCCACACAGACAACUUUUGAUGCGAUCGGAAAGCUAAAUGCUGCGGUACUACAUCAGAAGGUCCCGGGAGAGAGCCCGACGACAUUCUCUGUAGGUGAAUUCAGUUCGGCGGUUGAAAAACAGCGGUGUGAUACAACUGCCUACGAGAAACCGCUCGUUUUUCGAGUAAAUGGCCAAUCAGGAACGUUUUUCGUGGUUGAAAAAUUGUCAAGAUUACUUGGGGACAACUGUGAAACACAAGGAGAUGUCGGAAUAGAGAAUUUAAAAACACCGCGGAAUCCUUACGCCUUCGCCGACACGUCUGACAAUGUCAAGUCGGAAGUGGCAGGACUACAGUUCAUGCAGAACGGCAGUCCCUUGGAGAUCCGGGACUUAUCCAACCCUGUGGAGGUCUUCACCCGACGCUUGUCAUCUCAGAAAGAACAAGCAAUGACUGAGCUAGGAACGACAGAACCUUCUUGGAAGAAGAACACAAUACGGACUCAUCAGUUCAACGCGACUCAGGGGAAGUCCCUGCACAUCACGGUGACGCCUCACCUGGCAAAUGUGUCUGUCCGACUGCUCCUGAAGCAAGGGCAAGAACCAGUCCGGAUUGAUGAGUUCGACAGGAAUAUAACACUACCGCUACCAGAUGGCGACCUGUACACCUUGUCACUGGGCCAAACAGAAACUUUGACAGCAGAUAGGUGGACUUGGUUCAUACCCGGAAGUGAUCAUGACGAAGAGGAUCCUGUGGAGUACACGUACCACCUAGGGGUGCAGCAUGUCCCGCACACUGAACAAGGCGAUGUAACCCAUUCGGUUCCUCCUGAGUAUCGCGGAGAGAACUUCACAUUGAACUACACAGUUCAGAUCUACUCCACACAAUGUCUCUAUUUCAACGAGGAAAUAGAAGACUUCAGAUCAGACGGCUGCCAGCCCGGGCCUCUCACCAACACCAGUCUGUCACACUGUCGGUGCGACCAUCUAACAGCGUUCGGGUCCGGCUUUCAAUUCUUCAUCGCGCCCAACAAACUCAACAUCCUCAAGGCGUUUCAAACACUGAACUUUAAGGAGAACCCAGUUGUUCUGAUCGCGCUCAGCGUUGUGGUUGGGAUCUACCUCCUCACUGUGAUCUGGGCCCGGCGGAAAGACAGACAAGAUACAAAGAAGGUUGGGGCGACGAUUCUUCGCGGAGAUCAGAACGGUUUCAACGACCACUUCUACCAGAUCAUAGUUCUAACGGGAUCGAGGUCUCAAGCCUCCACAUCUGCCAGGGUCUUUUUGACGCUGAUUGGAGAAGGGGGCAAGUCUGGCCCGCAUGAACUCGAGGACAAUAACCGCACGAUCUUCAGGGAGGGAGGAGUGGACACUUUCAUCUUGCCGACUAGUCGCCAUCUUGGAUCCUUGUACGCCGUGCACGUGUGGCACGACAACACAGGACCUUGUCCUUCAUGGUUUCUGGACAAAAUCAUUCUGCAAGAUCUUAGCGACGGCAAGAAGUACUCUUUCCUGUGCCAGAGAUGGUUAGCUGUGGAAGAAGGUGAUGGAAGGGUAGACUGCUUGCUCUCGUCAGCCACCGACAAACAAAUAUCAACCCUUAGCCAAGUCUUCAGUUCACAGACAUCCAAGGCCUUCAAUGAUGGUCACCUGUGGUGCUCAGUGGUGGGACGGCCUGCCUACAGCCCCUUCACCCGUGUCCAGCGCGUGUCCUGCUGCCUGUCACUGCUGCUCUGCACCAUGGUCACCAACAUCAUGUUCUUUGGCCGGGAAGCUGACUUCAGCAAACCUCCUCCAGUCGACAUCCUUGGUUUUAAAGUGCAGAUCCCGAUAUCGUGGGCUCAGUUCAUGAUCGGCGUACAGAGUUGCCUCAUCAUUUUCCCCAUCAACCUUGUCAUAGUGGAGGUUUUCCGCCAUGUUGCAUCUCCCCCAGAGAGGAAGGCCAAAGAUCAACAUGUUUCAAGUGCUUCUUCGACGUCCUCAGAUGUCAUUGAUCUUGAAGAGAUCGAGCUUCAAAAGAUUGACAAGGCCUGGGACUUCUACCGGCAACCAUACACCGAUAAGAAGAUGACUGAGGACAAGAGGAAAGGUUGGAUUCUUCCGUGGUGGUGCGUUUUCAUAGCCUGGUUCCUGGUUUUUGCCAGCUGUUUCCUUUCUGCACUGUUCACCAUCCUGUACGGGCAAGAGUACGGCCGGGAGAAGGCUGAAGCCUGGCUCUUCAUCUUCUUCACGUCCUUCUUCACGGAUCUCCUCAUCCUGCAGCCCGUGAAGGUGGUUCUGCUGGCAAUCGGGCUCACACUGGUGCUGAGGAAACCUCAUGACGAUGCAGAAAACCAGUCGCCAACCCUAGACUACGACGAAGUGUGCGCCUACCUAUCUACCAUCAAGGCGACUCCUGUGAAGAAAUGCCGCGAAGAACCACCGGACCCGACCAAGCUGGCUGAAAUGCGGGUCCGCCGUUUUGUCGAGAUCAGCAUGAAGAGCGCCCUCUACGAGUUUGCGUUUUACUUCAUGUUCGUCCUGGUGUUAGCGGUCAUUGCCAAUGGACCACGUGACACCGGCAUGUUCCACAUGACUCAAAAUCUUCGGCAAACUAUGAACAAUGGAGAUGAUUAUUCUUUUAAACAGAUCAACGACGUUCAGAGCUUUUGGAACUUUAUACGAUACACACUGAGUCCUGCGUUAUACGGCAACCAGUGGUACAACGGUGGCAGCAGGGAACCUGGUGGAUUUAUGACGGACAAGACGUCAUAUGUAGUCGGAACUGUCAGACUAAGGCAGCUGAGGGUGGCCAAAGAUAGUUCAUGCAAGUUGGCCGAGCCAGUUGAAAGUAUCUUCCAGGACUGCACCAAUGCGUAUUCCUACUUGACCCAAGACAGCAGCAGCUAUGGGAUGGGUUGGUCGAAGACGCCUCACGCAAAUGCAAGUUCACUGGUGCAAAAUGAAACCAAUCCUUGGGUGUACCGUCAUUCUGCAGGUACUUCCAUUUCAUAUCACACUCGGUAGGUUAAUCUGGGUAGGUUACGGCCCCCCAAAUCUUCAAUUUAUAUGACCUUAGUUGAAGUGUGU